AUGAGCUCUUUGAAAGCGCGCAAGGAUGGACAGCUCUUGGAGGACGGGCAGCAAGACCCCGACGGUGCAUCCUCGAACGACGAGCGCACCGACGGUUGCAUGGUACGGAAGUGGCUCAGCCCCGGCGCGGCGGCCAAAGGCUUGGUGGUGAUGAUGUGUGUGUCCCUGACCUACCAUGCCCUGAUCUUGACGGGAAAGGUGGACUAUCGCUACGUGUGGGGCGGCCAGCUGAACAGCAAGGACGAGAUGUACACAUUCGAGGCGAUCUCUGUGUCCCUCAACCUGCUCAUGUUGCUCCUGGUGCUGACCCGGGGUGGAUGGUUGAAUGCGUGCCCUUGCCUGCCUGCAUCGGUGCUUCGAGCUUUGUGCGCCGUAUUCUGCGGUCUCUUCGCGUGCAACACCGUGGGGAAUGCCCUUGCCAAGACGAACUUUGAGCGAUGCGUGUUCUUCCCGCUGACUCUGCUGUCCGCUGUGGCCUUUGCACGGUGGGUAGAUGGUAGCCCCCCGGCACAGCUCAUGUGCAAAGGGCGCAAAGAUCGCGGGAAGGCUACGAUCGGAGCGGUAGUGUUUCACACCCUGGGCGGGCAUCCCUCGAUAUUUGAUGGCUCUCUUCCUUCGAGGCUUGUCGAGUCCUGGCAGAGAUAUCCGGAUGAACAAAUCAUUUCCCAAGCGGAGCUUGCGGCGGUGGUUUGCGUUCGUUACAUGCUUUGCACUCGCCUCUCUGGAAGGAAGUGUUUCUAUUUUGUGGACAAUGUCAGGCUGCGGAAUGCAUGCAACGAUUUCGUGGGCACCACGGCGGCUUCGCUGCAGCCUUUGCCUGCCGGCCGGGGCCCGGCCCAGGUCUCGCAGAGCCCGCCGGACCCAGCGCCGGAGAUUCUGAGUCAAACCGAGGCCACCGUCGCCGAAGAGCGGCCUUUGUCUUCCGAUGCCGGAAGCAGGGCGGCCCUUAGCUGCUGCCUUCUUCCUGCCGGAACGCCCUGGCGCGUGGGCCGGACCGCGGAGCUGAAAAGACCAGGAACAACCUUGGAGCCCAGACGGUAUGCUCCGACCGGCGGAGUCUUUGACCUUGACCGGGAGGCCCCCGCACCGGAGGAGCUUUGCAGCUUCCUGCUUCCCUGUGUGCAGCAGGCAGUGGCAGAGGCCCAUCACUUCUGCCUCUGGCUGCACGGGCCACGCGGCAGCGGCAAGAGCCGGCUGGCCUGGGGAGACGAGCAAAGGCCCGGCCUGGCCGAUCUUUUGGCUCAUGGCGCCUUUCGCGCUUUGGAGGGGCUUGGGUUCUCCGAGCCCUUGCCCGAAGACUCCGUGCUGAUGACUGUUCAGUUCCUGAAGAUCGGUGUGCAGACGGAGCUCUGUGGCGACUGCCUCCUUGGGGCCGACUUCGACGCUUCCUUGAAGACCAGGGAAGCCUUGCUCGGGGGAGGAUUCGUCAUGGAGGGCGUGCCGGAGAGAGAAGUGAGGAGCCUUGGCGAGCUGCGCCAGUUGCUGCGCUGUGGCGCGGCCGCCCUUCGCCAAGCAGGCGCCUUCCGCAGCGGCCAAACGCGGACCGAAGAUGCGGCAGCUCAUGGCCUGUGCACGAUUCGCAUCCGGCGCACGGUUGGCUCCACGGUUUACACGAGUACUUUCCACCUCCUGGAUUUGGUCGGUGCAGAAGCAACUGCUGCCGGCACCAAGACAUCCAGAAAGGACGACCGGACGCUGAAGUCGAUGCUCCGGCUCGUUGAUGCACUCGCCGAAAGCCCCGACUACGUUUUCCGGGAUGGCCGCACAGCUCCGCGUCACAUCCCUUAUCGAGACGCGAAGGUCACACGCCUCUUGCGCCAAUGCUUCGGAGGUCCUGGCCGUGCCGUUCUACUCGCUCUGUCUGGCGGCAGCGAUCACGACGCCGCCCUCGCAUCGCUGGAGCUCGCGGCGCGGCACGAGCGAGGAGCUGGAAAGCUUGAGCCAUGCCUCUUCGACCGCUCGGCGAUGCUGCGGGACUUGAGCAUGGAGGUGGCAAAGUACUGCGCGGAGCUGGGCUUUGCUGAAGCCCCCGCGGAGCUGAAGUUGGAUCUCAACUCGCCAGAUGCAGCCGUCCACCUUGCCGAGGCACUGCAGCAGCAGAAGCGUGUGAAGGAGUUCGAAGACUGGACAAAGAUUCGCCAGGCUUCCUUGGCCGCACAAGUAUCGGCAGGCCGCUUGCGGGAUCCGAAGAUGCUUAUGGAUCCGGACAGGAACCCGACGAGAUGCGCGAAGAAACUGGAAAAUACGAUACGUUCCACCCAUCUCCCAUGUUUGCCACGUGCGGGGCUUGAGUCGGAAGCUUGUUGGGAUUAA